AUGCUGCUGCGAGCCAUCGCGGUGCCAUGGGUGGCGUGCUCCACGGCUCCGCCUGUGUUUCAGCACUUCUUUCCUCAGCAUGUGUCAUACGGCAUUCAGCUGCCAGAAGGCCGCGCUCCCUUUGCCUUUGGCCACGUCAAGGCUGAGGAUCUGAUGAACUAUUUGCGUGAGGAUCCUGACGGCCCUUUCACUGGAACCGAUGGCGAAGGAUUCAAAGGCUUCGAGUCGCGCGUGGCGCGUUGGGGCUUCGAGGAGGACACCAUCAACGAGGCUUUAGAGAGCAUCUUGAAGGCGGACUGGCACGCCACUGCAUUCCAACUGGGCGCUGAGGCUUCCGUGUUUGUACCUCGGACAGAUGCGUUCCUGCCAUCUCGGCAGCCCCCCCGGCGGAUCCUGGCGUUCCUGGAAGCAUUUCGCCAGGUGUCUGCGGGAUGCUGGGGGCGAGUCGCAGAGGCGCUGGCGGCCCUGCGUUCCAGGGCAGAGGCGGAAGAGAGUGUGGAUUUGCAAGAGUCGGCGGCUGUAUUUCACCAUGCUAUGCGGCAAGGCUCGCAGUUCGGUGGGUUGGAGGCUCAGAUUUGGAGAGGAGGGGACCUGGUUAUGGAUUCCCACACCGAUGGAGCGACUGCUUUGCUUCACUUGAGUUUGACGCUUGGCGGUCGGCGCGUUCUGCGCAUCAGCCGCUUCAGAGAGCGCCAUUCCCCCUACAAGCCGCAGGGGUCAAGAAGACGUGGUGUGCCACCCGGCGACGAGGUCAGUGUUUGGAAUGAUGAAGCUUACUACCCGCAAGAAUUAUGCGACUUUCCGCAAGUGAAGGGCAGCGUCUAUAUCUCGUCCCCCUUCUGCUUUGAGCAUGGGGUCAAGUAUGAGAGCAGCUUCGCUGACCCUGUCUUUGCACUACAGUGCCGCUUUGCUUUUGCCAACCUGACGGAAGCAAAGCUGGUCAAUGGGCAGCGCACCGGCAACAUGCGCAGCUCGCCUUAA